GAGAGGUAUACGCCCAGCGACGAGCAGUCUCGGUCAAGAAUCCGCACAGUGUACAUGUUGUAGUCAUAUUUUCCAAAUUCGCCAAUGUCUAUCGUGAUAUUGAAUCGCAAAAUCUCCAAUGAAACAGUCAAAAAAAUUACAUCAACUAGUUCAAUUCGUGAAAUUCUUAUACAUUCGAGAAGCACAAAAAUCAAUCAUCGGACCUUUGACUUAUCGACAACCCUUCUUGGAGAGCACCAAUUGAACAGGAUUUCGAUGAACAUCCGGAAGAUUGACGAUGCAGGUUUUCACUACAAAAGAAGCACCGUGGGAUACAUCAGAGGUUUCAGCCGAAAAUUUUGGCAAGGGAACACGACGCAUCGUGGUACAACUGAAAAGCCUGGACGUGUGGCUACAUUGGUCGAAGAAAAAGAGGGUGUUGUAUACGGUCGAGCGUUUCAAGUUCAGGACAACGCGGCGUUGCCUUAUUUGCAAAAUCGCGAGUGCACUUUGGGGGGGUAUAUAACGACGAUUACCACAUUUUAUAGUCGGGAAGGAUACAGAAGUAUUCCAGUCAUUAUUUACAUCGCCACCAAUAAAAACGAACACUGGCUCGGCGAUGCGCCAUUGUAUAAUAUUGCCAAACAAAUUUCGGAGUGUUCUGGGCCCAGUGGACACAAUGUGGAAUAUCUUUUAAGAUUAGCAGAGUUUAUUCAUCGUUAUCUACCAGAAGCUCACGAUGAACAUUUGUUCACGCUGGAAAUACUAGUGCGUUCGCGGAUAAAGGAAAAUAACAUGUGUCUGACUACAUUAAUGGGUGACCGAGACUUUGACAUCGACCUCGAAGAUAAUGAGAUCGAUGUCAGGGAUGAAGAUGAUGAUCUGGUCAGCAACAAUGUUGCAAAUAACCUCAGAGAUAAUUCCUUCCAAUUUAUUUCACAAGUACCUGGCAGGGCAUUGCGUUGCCUCAAGAUAUAGUUGAACGUUUGGAUGUUAUAAAUGAAUGGAAUUUAGACAAGCGAAGGAUGUGUGUAAUUAAUGUAAAGAGAAUAGGGAAUAUUUUUAAUUAUGUUAUAUGAAUAUUUAUGUGAAAACGUUUGUACUGUUUAACUGC